AUGAAAGUUCUUUAUACAAAAUUAGUACAUAAUUAUACUUCUUUACAAGAAAGUGAAAGUUUGGAAUCUGAAUAUUUAAAUGAAGGUAUAGAACAUAUCUCAAAUAUUCAAAUUGAUUUCUAUUAUACAUUUAUACGUUCUAUUGGAGUUUUACAAGUUAUUGGAAUUCUGGCAUAUAAUAUACUUAUUUGGCAUAAUUUAUAUUUGGGAAAUAUUAGCCCUGAAUAUGUAUUGGUAAUAGAUAUAUUUUAUUUAUUUAUAAUAUAUAUAAUUUUUUUACCUAAUCUUAACUUAUUGAUUAUACUUGGAUUAUUAGGGACUUUAUCACCUAUCUUACAGAAUUUGACUUCUUCAUUUAGUUAUGACACUAUUAUUGUAUUAAUAUUAAUUAUAUUUACAUUAUACUUAUUAUCUUAUAAUUGCAAUAUUAUAUAUAAAAAGACAGAUAUAUCAGAAAUUAGACAUAUAGCAACACAUAAUAUAGCAAUGUUUGGUUCAAUUAUUCUUGCUUCUAGACUUAAAAAUAUAUUACAAAUAUAUUCUUUUUUAUUUUUUUCAAUUGAGAAUUUAUAUUUUAGUUGUCUUAUUAGAAGGAAUAUAUGGAUUAAGUCACCUCUAAUAUACCUAUAUAUUUGUACUCCAUUACUAAAUAUUAUACCAUUAUUAUUAUUCAAUUAUCCAUUCAAUAUUUUAUAUUUACUUAUUUGUAUUAUUAUUAUUAUUGGAUCUUUCCAAUAUGUUUAUUGUGCAUUAAAAUAUAAGAAUAUUAUUAAAGGUCCUUGGGAUAUAGCUGAGAUACAAUGUUAA